AUGAAUGAAAAUGAAGACAAGGCCAAGGAAAUGCUAAUUUCUAGUUUUUUAAUGUUUGCAUUUUUGGGAGUCCAUCCAUAUGGACUUCUUCCUUUAAUUUCACUCGAUAAGUCAAAACCAGACCUAAUUUCAAUAGCACGAGGGAUUCAAACAGUUAUAAAACAAACUCUUCCGGUGAUUUUGAAUUCGGAACUUCGAGGACUAAUGAUAUUUAAAGAUCUUAUUGCAGACUCAACACCAAUACUUGAAGAAACCACAUAUCCAAUUAUUAUACAACUUCUAGAAGAUCUAGAUAAUACCCAAUUACCAUCGCAUGAACGCAAAAUCUGCCGUGAAACAAUCCUGACAUUUACUGAAGCGUUGUUUGCAACCAUGUACUUCAAAUUCCCCAUCCCAUUAUUCCGAUGGAUCAUAGUGAUCCCUGAUGCAUACCGUGACCUUCUUUAUGAACACCAUGAAUUUUCAAUGAGGUUAUUGUAUGUGUUUUCCUGCUUAUGUUUAAUUUUCCAAUUUCACAUGUUUAAAGAAAAGAACAUGUGGAUCGAUCAUAUGGAAGAGUACAAGAAGUACUGUGAUUCUCGGUACGGGGGAUUUUUAUAUGAUUUAGAUCACUGGUUAUUUGAAUUGGGUGUAACCAGAGAACUUCGUAUUAGAAAGUAUAAUGACGCAGGCUAUUUUGAUCCCAAGGCUGAGUAUUACAAAGUUUAA